GCGUAGCGGAUGACGCACAGUCUGUUUACUGCCAGGGAGCGUUUAGAAAAAGGCUUAGGGAAACUUUUCAUUCGGAAAGAAAGCAACAUGCUACUUGUCAGUGUUACCUAAGUACAUAAACAGCGUCGCACAUCAGGCGUACCAGGCUUCAAUAAUAAUACUUGCGGUGGAAGUAAAUACUGUCCUAAAUUAGAUACUACGUGAGAAAUCGACUGUUAGUAUGCCAUUUCGCACCAUUGUAUUGUGAAAAUUGUACUGUUGCUUUUUGCACGGCAUCUGUUUUUAGUUUUUAUCCGUGACUUGACACUUAACCGGCGAUGAUAAGGAAGCCCUCUAUUUUUAGUCAUGUGGUGUAAAGACUUUGCUCUAGUGUCUACAGCUCCUUGUGCCUUGCGUCGUAAACAAACAUCAUUUGGUGACACUAGUUCUUGAUUAGAGGUGAUCUCAGUGUUUCCUACAUUAUAUCGUACUACCUUCGUCGCACAAAGAUGAAGGUCGUCGCUCUAAUAAGUGGCGGAAAGGACAGUUGCUAUAACAUGCUACAAUGUGUGGCCGCAGGACAUGAAGUUGUGGCCCUUGCGAAUCUUUAUCCAGAAAACAAAGAGGAGCUGGACAGCUACAUGUACCAGUGUGUGGGCCACCAGGGGGUGGAGCUGUUUGCGGAGGCGGUCGGCCUGCCUCUCUUCCGAAGAGCUAUCAGCGGUGUCGCCAUCAACUGCGGGCCACAGUACACACCCACACCCAGUGAUGAAGUGGAAGAUCUUCAUGAACUUCUGGCUUUAGUCAAGGAGGAAAUGAAUGUAGAGGCGGUGGCUGUUGGGGCUAUACUGUCGGACUACCAACGGAUACGUGUGGAGAAUGUGUGCUCGCGCCUGGGUCUGGUGGCUCUGGCUUACCUGUGGCGGCGCGACCAGGAGGAGUUGCUGCAGGAGAUGAUCGACUGCGCUGUGGAGGCCGUGGUGAUCAAGGUGGCUGCACUGGGACUGCACCCCUCCGUGCACCUCGGUCUCACGCUCACCGACCUCCAGCCCAACUUCCUCAGAAUGAAGGAGAAGUACGGGCUGAAUGUUUGUGGUGAAGGUGGAGAGUAUGAGAGCUUUACAUUGGACUGUCCCCUGUUCACCAAGACCAUUGUCAUAGAUGAAGCAGAAACCAUCAUCCACUCAGAUGAUGCUAUAGCACCUGUGGGCUACCUUGUUUUCAAGAAGUUGCAUCUCGUUGAAAAGGAGAAUGCGCACUUCACAAUGGCGGAACGUAUUGCCGGAUUGCCUGUUAAGACGUGGCAAGAUCUGACAGCAGACAUUGACGAAGAAGCCGAGGACAGUCCACCGACUCCGCCUAAAGGCCGUGAUGCAGACACCGGCUAUGGGCCAGAUGAUGACUACAAUGAUGACUGUGAGUUUACAGAGACACAGGAAAAAAUUCCACUUGACGACAGUGAUGCAGAUAGCAGCUACAGUGAGGGGAUUGACGAAUCUACGCAGACCUACCUGCCACUGUCUGCAACUGAUGAGGCAGGGUGGACUUGGGUGGCAGGCGUGGAGGGCCACGGGAAGAACACUUCUGCAGCCAUGAGGGAUGCCCUCGAUCAGCUCCAGAGUCUGGUGCCACUCAGUGACGUCGUGUCGGUGACCCUGUACGUGCGCGACAUGUCGCAGUACCCGGCUGCUAACAGAGAGUACGCCGUCGCGUUCCCCGGGCCGGACCCCCCGGCGCGGGUGUGCGUGCAGUGCCCCCUGCCGGAGGGGGUGCCGGUAUCGCUGGAGGCCACGGCGCACCGCGCGGGGGGCCCGGGCGAGGACGGCUGCGUGGACCCCGGCGCGGGGGAUGGCAAGUGCUGGCUGGGGCGGCGGCAGCUGCACGUGCAGGGCGUCUCGCACUGGGCGCCCGCCAACAUCGGGCCCUACAGCCAGGCCGUGCGGGUCGGUGAUAUUAUGUACAUGGCAGGCCAGAUUGGCCUGGUGCCGGGCACGAUGCAGCUCAUCGAGGGCGGCAUCAAGCGGCAGUGCCGGCUGGCACUCCGGCACAUCGAGAGGGUAGCCCGCGCCGUCGACUCCACAACGCAGCUGCGCGAUGUCGUCCAGGCCAUAUGUUACGUAACACGUGGUACUCACAUAUGGGAGGCACGGCUCGAGUGGGAACGUCACACUACCAAUGCCAUUGCUGACUACGUCGUGGUGCCCCGGUUACCGAGGGGUGCACUGGUUGAGUGGUCGGUUUGGUUGCAUCGCCACAACAACAGAUUUGAAUAUGAGGAAACAGGGUGUCUGAUUGGUCCAUUCCAAGUGUCUAUAUGCCGCCGGUGGAAUUACGAGAACAAAGUGUCAGCUAUUGUCUCUCGUAUAUCGAUUGUUUUGGAGUCGGUCAAUUUAUACGCAGGUGCGUCAUACCUUUCCGGAAGCAGAGAAUCGGAAGACUGCCCCGACAGCCUACCCCCUUCACCCCGCCCCAUGACUCGGGACGAGCUGGAUGAGGCGAUGUCUUACACACUGUCUCGCCUGCUGAGGGAUUCGCCCGCGGCAGCGCCCGUCUGCCACCUCCGCCUGGCAUACUGCUCUUCCUCGGAGCACGCGCCGCAACCCCCAGAGCUGCGUGCGGCAGCGGCACGGGCGGCGGAGGCGAACGGCACCACGGUAGUUGCCAGCCUGCUUCCUGUCAGGGGGCUCAUGACCAAGUGGACCUUCCUCUCCGUGUGUGGCGUUAGGCACCACUGAGGACUACUACUGUUCCAGCAGAGUACUGUAUACCACGUUUAAUACUGCAGGUGGGCAUUGGAUCUGAUUACAGUUGAUGUGGAGGACUGUGAACCAAACUAUUGUUUCUCUGAGUAAUCAGCUACAUCAACAUAUCUCAUGGUUUUUGUGUCUCACUUUUCUGGUAUGUGGGAUAUGACUUACUUUUGCUGUCUACACCU